CAGGAUGGUCUCGAUCUCCUGACCUCGUGAUCCGCCCGCCUUGGCCUCCCAAAGUGCUGGGAUUACAGGCGUGAGCCACUGCACCCGGCCUAUGUGAUAUAUGAUUAUAUCAGUAAAGCUGGGUUUUUUUUUUAAAAAAAAAAAGGAAAAUAAUUAAGUUGAAAACUUAAGAACUUCUAAACAGCCUACUUAAGAUAAUUAGAAUGGAGUUAUUUCAGUAUUAAAUUGUGUAAAAUUUAACUAUUUAAUGUACUCUCAGACAAACAAAUUAUUUAAUUAUUUUAAAACUUUCUCUUUGACCCACAUUCUUAAAUGGCUGCAGGAAACCCAAGGACCAAGUGUAAGUAUAUAUCACUUUCAUUUUUGCAGUCUUUUUACCCAAUAUCCAGCAGUAUUAAAAUUUUGGUUGCCUUCAGUUAACCAUUUCUAAAUUGAAUACCUAAAUAUUACGGGGGGGGAGUUCUGUUAUAAAACUGUAGUAUGAAUACUGACUUUAAUUUUUAUUUUUAAGAUUUUUGCAUUUUAAUGUCUGUUAAGGAAAUACAAUAAAAAAUUUUAACAGGUAGACUUAAUAUAUAGUUUAGUUGUGAAACUGUAAAUGAAGAAAUGAUAAAACCCUUUCUUUAUUUUUUUUGAGACGGAGUCAUUCUGUUGCCCAGUCUGGAGUGCACUGGUGCGAUCUCAGCUCACUGGAACCUCUGCCUCCUGGGUUCAAGUGAUUCUCCUGCCUCAGCCUCCCAAGUAGCUGGAAUUACAGGCAUGCACCACCACACCUGGCUAAUUUUUGUAUGUUUAGUAGAGAUGGGCUUUCACCAUGUUGGUCAGGCUGGUCUCAAACUCCUGACCUCAAGUGAUCCACCCACCUUGGCCUCCCAAAGUGCUGGGAUUAUAGGCGUGAGCCACUGUGCCCAGCCUACCUUUUCCUUUUUAAGGUACAUUUACUUUGUGUAAUUAGACACUUUAUUCUUACAAUGCAUAGUAUAGAAAAUCUGAAGAUAAACUUUCUCUUUUCAGUCUUUUAAAAUGAUAAACUCCAAGGCAUUUCCAUAAUCUAUAUUGUGUUUGGUUUGGUUCAGUCAAUAAAUAUUUGACCCGAGACACUGGGAAUACUGCAACAAUAAGACAACAUUUUCUCAUAAAGUUCAUAUUCUAGUGUGGGAGAUAGAUAACAAUAAAUAAGGUGAUUUCAGAUAUUUAUCAAUGACCAGUGAAUGAAGUAAAGCAGGGCAAUUGUAUAGAGAGUAAUAUGGGAUGUGGUGUAGUAACAGUAUUAUAUAUGAGAGCAUGAUAUAAUGAGAAGGAGCCACCUGCAUGAAGACUUGGAAUAAGAUCAGCCACAGAGAAGGAAAAGUAAAUGAAAAGCCCAAUGUAAGCAUCAGGAGGGGAGAGUAGUACAAGAUGAGGUCAGAAAGAUAGGCAAGGGCUGGCUGCAGUGGCUCACACAUGUAAUCCCAGCACUUUGGGAGGCCAAGGUGGGUGGAUCACUUGAUGUCAGUAGUUCGAGACCAGCCUGACCAACAUGGUAAAACCCUGUGUCUACUAAAAAUACAAAAAUUAGCCAGGCAUGGUGGUAUGCACCUGUAGUCCCAACUACUGGUGAGGCCGAGGCAGGAGAAUCGCUUGAACCUAGGAGGCGGAGGUUGCAGUGAGCGGAUACCAUGCUGCUGCAUCCAGCCUAGACGACAGAGCAAGACUCCAUCCCCCCCCCAAAAAAAAAAAAAAAAAAGACAAGGACCAGAUGGUGAAAAGCCAUCAUGCUUUGAAUGUGAAUGAUCUGAAAGUGCAAUGGGAAGUGUCUAGAGGACUGUAAGCAGAUGAGUGGCCUGAUUUAUAUUUUUUAAAACCUACUUUGGCUACUUAGGUUUACUGGGGCAAGAGUAGCAGCAGAGAAAACAAAUAGGAAGCUAUUGCAAUGAUGCAGGAAAGAGUAGUGACUUUAGUUUAACUAGGUAGUAGUGGAAAUGGAGAGAAGUUUUCCUGAGUUCAAGAUAUAGUUAAGUUUAAAUAAUAGGACUUGUGUAUGAAUUGGAUGGUGUGGGAGGGAAAUCAAAAGUUCUGGGCCAGGCGCAGUGGCUCACGCCUGUAAUCCCAGCACUUUGGGAGUCUGAGGCGGGCAGGUCACAAGGUCAGGAGAUUGAGACCAUCCUGGCUAACACGCUGAAACCCCAUCUCUACUAAAGAUACAACAAAAUCCGGGCGUGGUGGUGGGCACCUGUAGUCUCAGCUACUCAGGAGGCUGAGGCAGGAGAAUGGCGUGAACCCAGGAGGCGGAGCUUACAGUGAGCCGAGAUUGCGCCACUGCACUCCAGCCCGGGCGACAGAGCGAGACUCCGUCUCAAAAAAAAAAAAAGUUCUGACUUGGAUGUGUCAAAUUUGUAAUUUCUGUUAAACCUGCAAGUGGAGAAAUCAAGUAGGCAGUUGGAAAGUGCUGGAGAUGUAGAUUUGGAAGUCCCAUGUUCUAUGUGGUCAUAGCAUGAAAGAGGUAUAGAUGAAAGUAGGAUGGGGUGGAGGCAAACCGGUAUACUAUGAAGAAUGAACCUUGAUAGUUUAUAAUGAACUUUGUGAAACCUUGUGAAAAAUUAAAGGCCAAGCUAAGUAGUUGAAGAAUUUCCACUUUUUUUUUUUUUUUGAGAUGGAGUUUCGCUCUUGUUGCCCAGGCUGGAGUGCAAUGGCGUGAUCUCUGCUCUCUGCAACCUCCGCCUUCUGGGUUCAAGCAAUUCUCCUGCCUCAGCCUCCCGAGUAGCUGGGAUUACAGGCAUGCGCCACCACGCCCAGCUAAUUUUGUAUUUUUAGUAGAGACAGGGUUUCUCCAUGUUGGUCAGGCUGGUCUCGAACUCCCGACCUCAGGUGAUCCUCCCGCCUCAGCCCCCCAAAGUGCUGGGAUUACAGGCAGCAGCCACCGCGCCCGGCUGAAGAAUUUCCACUUUGGAACCAAGCCCAGAAUUCAGAAUUAGAAGGUCCAGCUUAAAAAAUGUGUCCGACCUUUUUGUGAUGGGAGGAGCUCUUGUUUUAGAAUCUGCAGCUCUCUUGCACUGGCUAGAGAGGGAAGGUUACGGCCCUUUAGGAAUGACUGGAAUAUCCAUGGGAGGACACAUGGCUUCCUUAGCGGUAUCCAACUGGCCUAAGCCCAUGCCAUUGAUUCCAUGCCUGUCUUGGUCCACAGCAUCUGGGGUCUUCACUACGGGUGUGUUGAGUAAAUCAAUUAAUUGGAGGGAGCUGGAAAAGCAAUAUUAUACCCAGACAGUUUAUGAAGAAGAAAUUAUUCACAUGCUUGAAUACUGUGGAACAGAUUCUUUCAAAAUGGGACAAGAGUUUGUGAAACACUUCACUAGCAGUGCAGACAAGCUAACUAACCUUAAUCUGGUUUCCAGAACUUUAAAUUUAGAUAUAUCAAACCAAGUUGUAUCCCAAAAACCUGCUGACUGCCAUAAUUCUAGCAAAACAUCUGUCAGUGCGACAUCAGAAGGACUCUUAUUGCAAGAUACCUCUAAGAUGAAGCGCUUCAAUCAAACACUUUCAACCAACAAAAGUAGUUAUGCAAGUCGCAACCCUCAGUCAUACCACUUACUUAGUAAAGAACAAAGAAGAAACAGUCUUCGGAAAGAGUCUUUAAUAUUUAUGAAAGGAGUCAUGGAUGAAUGUACUCAUGUAGCAAAUUUCUCAGUCCCAGUUGAUCCAAGCCUCAUUAUAGUGGUUCAAGCCAAAGAAGAUGCCUAUAUUCCACGAACAGGAGUUCGAAGUUUACAAGAAAUUUGGCCUGGUUGUGAAAUCCGAUACUUAGAAGGGGGUCAUAUUAGUGCUUAUCUUUUUAAACAAGGACUCUUCAGACAAGCCAUCUAUGAUGCAUUUGACCGCUUCCUCCAUAAAUACGCUAACUAGUUGGAUUAUUAUAUGUAACCAGUGUGGCCAUGAUGUUUCUUACAAAAGGGAGCUUCAUCCUGUGAUCAUGUGAAGGACAAGCAGACAGCACUAAUAUAUCUAAUCGCUAUCAAUUUGGUCUGGAAUUCAUUGUUACACAUCAGUUAACUAUAAACUUCGAAUACAUUUGAAUAAUUUCAAGAUAAUAUUUGAAGUAAAUAAUGUUAAAGUGUUUUUACUAUUGUUUAUUGGAAUCCCAUAUAUUCAGUGUUUAGUCUGUUGUUACUGUUUAUGAAAAACUAAAUUUUUAAUCAUGAAUAAUUUAUUAAAUUAAUUUAUUCAUAGAAACUUUUCUGGGUUUUAGUAAAAUUGCUAAAUCAAACCAAGAUUUUAAUAUAUCAGCAUUUACUUUGUACCCUUAUAACAUUUCACUAUUGACUUGAUUUGAGAAACGUGUUUAUUUUUUGAAUGUUCUUGUGUUCAACUAAUUUUCUGCUGUGGAAAUAAAUACUUAUGAUAUAUAAAAUCAGUGUUAACUUUGAAUUCUAAAAUAUCCUGAUAGCUUCAUAGAUAAGUGCUUUUCUUUUUCUUUUUUUUUUUUCUUUUAACAUGUACCUCUACUUGAAUGUAAGUGCUUUUAAUAAUCAAAGUGAGUGGCAGGGUGCGGUGGCUCACGCCUGUAAUCCCAGCACUGGGAGGCUGAAGCGGGCAGAUUACCUGAGGUUAGGAGUUCAAGACCAGCCUGACCAAUAUGGAGAAACCCCCUCUCUACUACAAAUACAAAAAAUUAGCCAAGCAUGGUGGUGCAUGCCUAUAAUCCCAGAUACUCAGGAGGCAGAGGCAGGAGAAUCGCUUGAACCCGGGAGGCAGAGGUUGCGGUGAUCCGAGAUCACACCAUUGCACUCCAGCCUGGGCAACAAGAGUGAAACUCCGUCUCAAAAUAAUAAUAAUAAUAAUAAUAACCAAAAUGAGUGUUCUGCAGAUAAAAUGCAUUAGACUUUGCUAGACUAAAACUUUACUAAAGAUUAGGGUUUUAAAAAAAUGCCAAUAGGCCGGGUGCGGUGGCUCAUGCCUGUAAUCCCAGCACUUUGGGACGCUCAGGCGGGCGGAUCACAAGGUCAGGAGUUUAAGACCAGCCUGGCCAACAUGGUGAAACCCCAUGUCUACUAAAAGUACAAAAAAGUUAGCCGGGCAUUGUGGCGUGUGCCUGUAAUCCCAGCUACUCAGGAGGCUGAGGCAGGAGAAUUGGUUGAACCAAGGAGGCGGAGGUUGCACUGAGCUGAGAUUGCGCCACUGCACUCCAGCCUGGGCAACAGAGCAAAACUCCAUCUCAAAAAAAAAAAAAAAAAUUAAGCCAGGCAUGGUGGCAGGCACCUGUAAUCCCAGCUACUCGGGAGGCUGAGGCAGGAGAAUUGCUUGAACCCGGGAGGCAGAAGUUGCAGUGAGCGGAGAUCGCACUACUGCACUCCAGCCUAGGAGACGGAGCAAGACUCUGUCUCAAAACAAAACAAAAUGCCAAACUUAUUUCUCCCUACUAAAAAGUUUCAGUUCACAAAAAUGGAAACAUUGGAAGACCUGUUGCAUUAACUGAUGGAGUGCACUGGCAUGAUCUUGGCUCACUGCGACCUCCGCCUCUCAGGUUCAAGCAGUUCUCCUGCCUCCACCUGAGUAGCUGAGAUUACAGGUGCCCGCCACCAUGCCUGGCUAAUUUUUGUAUUUUUAAUAGACACGGGGUUUCACCAUGUUGGCCAAGCUGGUCUCGAAUUCCUGACCUCAAGUGAUAUGCCUGCCUUGGCCUCCCAAAGUGCUGGGAUUAUAGGCUUGAGCCACCACACCCGACCUGACAUUUUAUUUUUAUUUUUUUAAUUACAUUUUUUUAUAUGCUUAUUCUUUGGAUUGCUAACCAUCUAACUACCCAAAUACUUAACAGCCUUGGCUUUUAAUUUCAAAAUUUAAUAGACACAUAUGCAAUUGAUUUGUCCCAUAUAAACUUUAUUUUACAGAAAAUAUUUAAAGUUUUAUGUAAUAGCUAUUAACUCUCUUAAAUGGGGUUUAUAUGGCUCGAUUUGGUGCUUUCUUUUUAUGUUAAACUUCUCUAGCUGUCAGCUAAAAUGUUAAAAAAGUAGAAAAUAUUUUAGGGUAUUGUGUGAAGUUUUACAGUAGGUAUUUUUGAGUUUUGUUUGAAAUCUAUGUUGUCUGUGAAUUAUUUUUAAAUAGGGAUUCUUAGUCUACUAACGAUAUUUGAAUUAUAAUGUGCCUUUGCAGUCUUUUUAAAGGAGAUUUCAUUUGUCACCUCUAUGCCUCUAUCAUCUUAAUUUUUUACAAAUAUUUAAAAAUUAUUAAUGUGAAGUUAUUGAUGGUAGACAAAGUAGUAACUUCUUUCAAACUACUUUGGCAUAACAAGCCAACACUGUACAGCUCUUUGAGCUAUAAGCAAUUUUACAUGUUCAGAUGAGAACCUUUAGUUUUAACCAAAAGUAUAACAUCUACUAAAGUUCUUCCACAAAAUACUUUUUAAAAUAAAACUUGUCAACUGAAUUACGAUUUUCUUAUAUUAUAUAUAUAGUGAGGUUAUAUGAUUGAAUGCUUUUUGAACAAUGGUUUUAGUAAAACCAAUACUUUAUUAUUGUUCACAUAAACAUUUCUUACUAAGCAAUAAUGUACUAUGUUGUGGGAAUUUCUAUUGUUAAAAAAAUGAAAUGUUGAUUUAGUUUUAAUUCUUAGGCAUAACUAACUUUUUUCAAAUAAAGUGUGAAAGAAAGUAUUUUUAAAAUUUCAUCUCUUAACCAGAUGUUUUAAGAAUAUAUCCCUAGGCCGGGUGCAGUGGCUCACACCUGUAAUCCCAGCACUUUGGGAGGCCGAGGUGGGGGGACCACCUGAGGUCGGGAGUUCGAGACUAGCCUGACCAAUAUGGAGAAACCCCAUCUCUAUUAAAAAUACAAAAUUUAAAAAAAAAUACAAAAUUAGCCAGGCGUGGUGGCGCAUGCCUGUAAUCCCAGCUACUCAGGAGGCUGAGCCAGGAGAAUCGCUUGAACGCAGGAGACGGAGGUUGCAGUAAGCCGAGAUUGUGCCAUUGCACUCCAGCCUGGGCAACAAGAGCAAAACUCUGUCUCAAAAAAUAUAUAUAUAUCCCUAAAACUACCUCAGUUGAAGAAUUCAAAGUGCAAAAUAACUUUUCUUAGGAUUUUUUAAUCUAUUCCCCCCAAAAUGGUGGCUUAAGUAUUCUCAAAUACAUAAAUAUACACAUAUACGUAUAUGUAUAUGUUUUAUAUAUAUAUACACACACACGUAUAUGUGUGUAUAUAUAUGUAUGUACGUAUAUAUAUGUAUUAUAUAUACACACAUACAUAUGCGUGUAUAUAUAUAUAUAUAAAAUCUCAAAGAAGUGCGGUCUGCCAUUUAUCUGCCAUUUUGAGGAUUUAGGUACUACAUAAAAUAUUAGAAAUUCAUUUAGACCAGAUCUGUAAACUGGUAGUUCACAUAGGCCAGUUUGACCUACAGUUAUUUUAUUGGAUGUACAUAAUGUUUCAAAAAUGUUUGAAUUUGAAAAGUCUUUUGAUUGGGUAUGUGUUCCCCAGUUUGCCACAGCAUACUGGACUUCCCUCUUAUAUCAGACAACUUCUCUACUUUGUAGUUCCUGCUCAGCCCUGAAGACCUCUAAGUUUGAGACCCCUGAUUUAGAUCUGUAAUUAGAAAGAGGUUCUGAAUUUCAUGAUUUGCUAAUGUAAUUACUAUUAAGUCAUUUUAGCAUGUGCAUUUUAGAGUCCUUCUUUGUAUUUUUUGUAAUGUGGUGCUUUCUCUCAUAAAGAUAAUUGAAUUGUUAACACUGUAAUUGAAAUUUUAAAAAUCAUUUCCAAAUCUUUUAUUAUAUUUCACAGUAAAAGUCUAUUUAAAAAGCUAA